AUGUUUGAAUCGCCUCUCCAAUAUACGAGAGAUGUCAAGAAUUCCCCUGCUCGUUCAGACACCUCGGAUGACAUGAUGUCUGUUGAUUCCCCGAUAAACAAUUGUCGUUUCAACAAUGCUGAAAACGAUAAGACAUCAUCACGUAAUCCUUCUCUCUUAUUCUCAAGAACAAAAAAUUCGACUGCGCACACGAAUCUCGAGUCUCCUAUUACCAGUUAUUUUAGUCGUGUCUCUGGAAGAAAUCCAAUUUCACCGAGUCAUCAUUCAUCUGAUAUUAUGUUGACGUCUGACGAGGAGGAGGAAGAAGAAGAUAAUCUGCUGGCAAAAACUGUUCUCUCCGAGCCACAAUUCAAUACCAAAAAAAAUUUUGCGAUUAUUUCUCAAACUCAAACAAAAGUAAAGACAUCAUUAAUAAAAAAAUCGACCAAAACGACGAAAACUAUGCUUUCCACAAAGGUUAAUAGUCGCACCAGUAUUAUUAAAUCUUAUAGAAAGAAGGGAUCAGCAUCCAGUACACCUGUCAAUGACGAUGAUCCAAAUGGUAUUAAAUACUAUAUGACAAAUUCUUCACCUUCAAAUAUGAGGAUGAAUAUUAGUACAAAAGAUUUACAUUCAUCCAGACAAUCAACCCCACCAAAAAGACCUCAGGAUCCUAUCAAGAUCAAGAACAUGACACCCCCAACUAUCAAUAAUAUUAACAAACAGACGAGAUUUGUCGUGAACAAAUCAUCGUCGAUGUUUGUUUCAUCAUUCCGCGAAAAGAAUGAUAUCUCGCCAGGAACCCAAAAAAUCCUUGAGGCAACUGAAUCUUUUGGAAUUAACGGAAUUGCGAUGCUGAAACAAUCAAGCUUUAUUGAAAAUCCAUUUUUGUAA